UAUAAACAUGGUUUCAUCUUGGUUCAGGCCAUUUUGUGCAGUGUUCAAGCAGCUGUACGUUAACAUAUUUCCUACUUAUUCCUUCGUACUGAAAUGUCAAAGAGCGUCAGCUCAUAAUUCGCAAAAUGCGCAUUGUUUACGGGGACGUGUGAGCCUUGUAAUAUAUCGUAUUAACAUGUGUGUGCGUCAACAAUAAAGCACCAACAGGAGUAAUUCUGGUAGUUUCGCGAAACAAAGAACUCUUCGAUACCUUUAAUAACCUUGGCCUGGUCGUCAUACCCUUUGAGCAUCUGCCUUGCCAUAGAGUUUUAAAUCAUCCCAAAAUGAGUCACGAAGAAUUACUGCAAAGUUCGACUGAGGACAAUGACAUAGGACUUGCACCACUUUUACCGAUGUUUCCAAGAUCAAAUAAACCAUGUGUCAAUGUGUGGAUGGAUAAGUUGAGUAAAGGCAUCCUAUCUUGUACACACUUUAAAGAGCAUUGGAGAAUUUGGGUACCUAAGAUAUAUUGUCUUGAACCAAAUAGUAGUUGUCUUCAUUGGAGCUUUGCUGAAGAAAAUGCAAGACAACUUCUCUUUAACACUCUAGAGGAAUUCAUAUGUAAUGGGGAUCCCCAGGAGGUACUCAAACAGCUCAGUCAAAUGGAUCACCCACCAUCAAUUUGUGGCAGAGUAUUUAAAAUGGGCGAGCCGACAUAUAGCUGCAGAGAAUGUGGCAUGGACCCAACCUGCGUUUUAUGCGUGGAUUGCUUCAAGCAAUCUGGUCAUAGAAAUCAUAAAUACAAAAUGGGAACAUCUAAUGGUGGUGGAUGCUGUGAUUGUGGUGAUACAGAAGCUUGGAAGAAAGAGCCCUUCUGUAACAUGCACCUAAUAGGCACUCAAACUACAGAAUCAUCUGGAAAUAAAUUACCGGACGAUAUUUCAGAACGCGCUGUGGCUACUUUUGAAGCUGUGCUCAAAUAUUGUUAUGAACUAUUAUCAUUGGAACAUACACCAGGAUUACCGUCGGACCUCUGUCUCAAAGACACAGAUGAGGAUCCUUCCUGGCUUUUAUCAACAACAGACAUGUAUUGUACGGUUCUCUUCAAUGACGAGACACAUACUUUUGAGCAAGUAAUAAACACACUAAUGCGUGUCAUCAAGUGCACUCAGAGAGACGCAAUAGAAUUUGUGACGAACAUUGAUCGUGAAGGUAGAGCAGUAGUGAAAUGUUCAGGAUUUCAGCACUGUAAUGAGCUGAAGUCAGAAAUAGAGAGAUUCACUUCGCGACAAGGCAACAGACCUUUGAAAGUUUUGGUGGUUCACGCUCAUGUAGUGGCACAUCAAAUCUUCGCCAUGAAACUUUUAGAUUGGUUGCAGCAGUUCAUAAGUCAGUGUAAAGGGUUCAGAGUGCUUUUCAGCCACGUAGCCUUGAAUAGAAAACUCCCUGAGGUAUCAAUUGUUGAGGGAAUUCUCAUGAGAGAUUCCCAACUGUGGAAAUCCGCCAGAACGGCCUGGCACAGACUCUUCAUCUCAGGAAUGCUCAUGGAAUAUGAAAGCAAAAAAGCACUGGCUACCGUAUUCACAUACAAUUACGGAUCUGUGAUGAAGGAUUUUAUAAGAGAUGAUCAUGAUCAUUCGUUUUCCAUCGUUUGUCUUUCUGUUCAGUUAUUUACUGUACCCACCCUGGCGCAUCAUCUUAUCGCACAUAAUGAUGCACUUUUUAUAUUGCUGAAUACACUACUUUCAGAAAGUUCUCCAAGACGAAAUUCUGCAAGGAUCCUUGAGUUUGAAAGAAAUACACCAAACACUACUUUUAAAAGAGCACAGUAUAUACUGUACGAUCUGCGGUAUUUGCUAAGCGCUAAACCAGAAGUUUGGACUAUCGAAUUGAGACGUGCUUUUCUCCAAGGGUUCACGUUGCUUCUUACAUUACUUAGCAGUAUGCAAGGAAUGGAUGCUGCAUUACGACAGGUCAGCCAACAUAUGGAAUAUGAACCAGAAUGGGAAUCAGCAUUCAAUUUGCAUAUUAAGCUAUCACCGGUGAUUAGUUUAGCUCUUGAAUGGUGCGGCUCCGACAGAAUAGUUUUUAUAAAAACAUUCAGAUUUGUAUUGAAGGGACUCCAGGGGCUUCCUGAUAACGAUCCUGGUCGAACUCAACUCAGGCAACUGGCAGGUCACAGUGCCCACUGCAUACAGUAUGACGUGACUUCCUCGCCAGUAUCCAUUCAUUUACCAUUUUCUAGGCUCCUUGCAGGACUUUUCUUACAUCUUGAAAAAUACGAUCUUAAUUUCGGAAGCGCAGAGUUCAUGAUUUCUUCCAAGCCAACACCUGAGCAGAUAAUUGAACCCAUUCUGAGGACUCAAGCGAUGAUUUCUCAAGUGCAUGCUGGUAUGUGGCGACGAAAUGGAUACUCCUUACUUAAUCAGCUAUAUUUUUAUCACAAUGUUAGAUGCCGCUCCGAAAUGUUGGACCGCGACAUAGUACUCCUGCAGGUUGGAGCCUCAUUGAUAGACAGUAAUGAAUUCUUAAUACACAUCCUGAAUAAAUUCAAUUUGAUCAAUUGGUCAAAUUCAGAUUUUGAGACUACAACGCUCAAAAGUUUGGAGGAGGAUAAUACUAGACAGACGAUCAAUCUUGUGGAGGAAUUCCUAGGUUUACUCAUCACCAUCAUAGGUGAGCGAUACGUUCCAGGAGUUGGUCAAGUCGACACUGAUGAUCGUAUCAGAAAGGAAAUCAUUCAGCAACUCUGUAUUAAACCACUUCCACACUCGGAAUUGAACAAGGCUCUUCCGGAUGACAUACACUAUGAGACUGGAAUUGAGAGAGUAAUCGAUGACGUAGCAGAGUUUAAGAAACCUCCUGAGAUAUCAUUAGGGAAAGGUGUUUAUGAACUCAAACCACAUCUUUACUCUGAAUACAACGUAUUCUUCUACCAUUACACAAAAGAAGAAUUAAGUAAAUCUGAAGAAGCUCAACGCAAGCGCAGAAAAGCAGCCGGUGAACUGGAAUGCUGUCCACCACCGAAACUGCCUAAAUUAACGGAAGCUUUUAAAAUGGUAACGAAUUUACUUCAGUGUGAUGUCAUGCUUCAUAUAAUGCAAACGGUACUAGAACGCGCACUUAAUCUCAGAGCCAGAAGCUUCUCCGAGCCUCAAGUGCAUAAGAUACUUCACUUGAUAGGCUAUGCUCUGCAAGAAGAAGAAUCAGGACACUAUCCCUUCCUCGCUUUUACGAAGAAGGCUUCCAAAUGGAAGAUCUACAAUCAAUUAGAAGAUCUUUGGAAUAGCCCACGAGUAGAAGCCCACAAGGAUCUUCUCACCUGGGUGUUAGAGAAAUAUAAAAGUGUUGCUGGCUCUGCAGUGAUGGAAUCCGUGUCUUUGCCUGCAGCUCCGUUAGUGGAACGUUCUAGUAAUGAUGCAAGUUCAACAAAUACAAGCAAGGAAUGGAGAACGAAGAUGGCUGCUCAGAAACGUGCUAAAAUCAUGGCGCAAAUGACUGCUAUGCAAAAGCACUUCAUGAAGACGAAUGCAAAACUCUUUGAGGAGGCUGCAGUUGACGUGAACAAGAGCGACCGUGGCUCGAUAAUGGACUUAACCGAAUCAACUCAGGAAGCUGCUAUUGCUGUCGGUUUAAGGCAAACAAACAGAUCAAUCGAAGAAAAAACAUACACGUGCAUUCUCUGUCAGGAAGAUCAGGCUGUCACUGCAGCAGGUGCUGCUAUGGUACUUGCAGCUUUUGUACAGCAAUCUACAGUGUUGUGCCAGGACAGAAGUAAUACCGACGAACCGAAUCCUCUUUAUUUAUCUGCAAAAUUGGGCGCAUCGCCGCAUACCAGUACCUGUGGCCAUGUGAUGCACGCUCAGUGCUGGCAAAAGUACUUCGACAAUGUUCUUGCCAAGGAAAACAGAAGACCUUAUCGUCUAAGACAACCUGCUAGUUUCGAUGUAGAGAAACAUGAGUAUCUCUGCCCACUCUGUGAGUGUCUUAGCAAUACAGUGUUACCGCUUUUGCCAUCACCAUCGACCUUACAGCCAACGAUUCAUCCCCAGAAAGACAUGGACUUUACGACCUGGAUAAAGGCAUUGAAUUUAACCCUAGACUGUAAAAACAAAGGAUAUUUCACAGCGCCGGGGCAAAUUGAAAAUAAUCAUGACUCAACAUGUCGAUACUAUUCAGAUGUAAAAUCUGCCGACUCUAUGGAAGAAGAAAAUUCGACAUCAAGACAAACAUUCGCGUGUCCAGUGAAGAGGAUCUCUCAGGAACUCGGCGACAAAGGAAAUGCAUUCAUAUCUUUAUAUGAACAAACCGGUCCAUGGCUGUCGGAUAACCUCGUUUCUAUGAUACAUCUCUUUGCUCAGGCCACUUACACGAAAGGUUUGGGGGUGGAGCCACAUGAAGGAGAUUCAAGGGUACCUUUGCUCGCAUGGAAGUCCACAGCGUAUACGAUUCAUGCAAUAGAGUUUACAUUACGAGAUGUAACCAAGCCACUAUUGGGAUCUCUACCUUCUAGGCACAGAGAUAAUCUGGAGGGACUCAUUAGAAUUGCAACUAUUUUAGGUUCAACGUGGCCGAAUAACAGCAAUUCACCGUCCUGGCCAAAUGUCAGUACCAUAGGAGGUCACGCGUUAGACCUUCUAAGAAUGCUCUUGGAAAAUCCAUUUGAUGGUCCCAGUGUUCUAGAAUGGGAUCCAUUCGGUGUUUUAGUACCACUCACUAUAUCUCUACCAAGUCUCUUCAACACAAAACCCAAUACACCUUCGCCAGUUAUAACGGGUGGCAUCCAGGAAUCCCAUGCACUGAAGCUUGUAUUUCUGUCACUUAUCGUGAAGAUUCUUUUGACAACAGAUUUCAAGAAAAAUGAUCAAAUGGAUGUGGAUGAUCCGGAUCCAGAAGAAAUCGCAACCUGUAAUUCUUUACUCUCCUUGACGAAGACUCUCGGUGUGAAUAUCGGUAAUCAAACAAUACCCCAAGUCUGGAGACAAGUCAAGAACUCCUGCCUCCCGUUCCUGCGAUGUUGCACCUUGUACUUUCACUACGUAACAGACGUACCAGCCUCCACAGAACUUACCAUACAAGGUAAAGGAACCUUUGAGAAUAUAUGUAAAUAUUUGGGUCUGCCAAUAUCCUGCAAUGAAUUAUUGGAUCUGGAGGUGUCCAAAAAUCUCGCUACUCUGUGGAGGAAUCAUCCAACCGUCCAAUCGUACCUGGCUGAUUGCAGUACGAUAUCAAUAGUGAAAGAACCUUUAUCUGUCAACAAGCUAGUAGAUCUGCCGGAUGACUAUAGUGAAUUAAUAAAUUCCGUUUCGCUAUUCACAUGCCCGUACAGUGAUCGUGAGGAUUCCCGUAGCCCCACAAUGUGUCUGGUAUGUGGACAGAUGCUUUGCUCACAAAGUUACUGUUGCCAGACGGAACUGAACAAAACGAUGGUGGGUGCAUGCACCUAUCAUGCCAGCAAAUGCGGUACGGGCGUUGGAGUGUUCUUGCGCGUCAGGGAAUGUGAGAUCCUAUUUCUACGCAGCCCUAAUAGGGGUGCGUUCAUGUGCGCACCGUAUCUCGAUGAGUAUGGAGAAACCGAUCAGGGUUUACGACGAGGAAAUCCACUAACGCUAUGCAAAGAGAAAUACACGAGAUUGAAUCAACUCUGGUUGGGACAUGGACUGCACGAGGCCAUAGCAAGGGCAAUAGAGUCUUCGAGCAACCUUAUGUCAACGCAAUGGCAAGAUCUAUAACCGUUUUAGAAAUCCUGAUGAGAGAUUUAUUGGGAUACAUACUCUCUUUCUGUAUCUCUCCUAUCUUGCUAAUCCCAUCCCUGUUCCCACGUACUAUUCAAGUACCAUUCACUUUGUGUACCCAAAACCAUCCACCCACAUCCUUGGAAUCUAGACCCGGACAUUAACCAAAAAAUACUAAAUUUAUGAUUAGCUUAAGAGAAAUGUAGUUGGUAGUAUUACGUCGUUGACUAUUCUUUCGAUUUGCCACACGAGGAAAACGAAAAUUAUGAAAUUAUUUAUUUCAAGUGGUUAAACGCGUCGUCGAAAGCUUUGUAUAUUUAAAAAAAAAAAACAUCGGUUAUUAUUACAUCCUGUUGCGACGUUUCAGAUAACUAGAGUUUAACGAACUUUCUAAUAUGUAAAUUAAAAAUAUAAAUUCCUGUAUAAUUACUAA